AUGCGUCUCACCCCCAUCCUCAGCAUCAUGGCCCUCGCGGCCACCGCCAUCGCCGACGGCAAGGCCAUCACCGACGCCAUGGCCAGCAUCAAGACCAAGACCACGGACCUGGGCGCCACCGUGAGCAACUGGAAGGGCGACCUGCUCGGCGCGCUCCCCAUCACCGUCAAGUCGACGCAGCUGCUGAAGGAGAUCAAGACGGCCUCCAAGACGGCCGAGCAGUCGGCCAUGCUGACCACCGAGGAGGCCCUCGCCGUCGCCGGCGCCACCACCGACCUGAGCAAGGCGGUCACGGCCUCGCUGCAGAUCAUUGUCGACGCCAAGCCCAAGUUCGACAGGCUCAUCAUCCUGAGCCCCGUCGUGCUGCUCAACCUCGAGAUGCUGCAGGAUGCCACCGACGACUUUAGCGGCAAGGUCGUCUCCAAGGUGCCCGAGGCCUUGCAGGGCAUCGCCCAGGGCUUGAUUAAGCCCAUUGAAGAUGCUUUUGCCGCUGCCAUUGACAAGUAUCGUCUUUUCUGA